AUGGCGCAGAAUUUGAUAACAGACACCGACAAGUCUGCGUUGGUAGACAUAUUCGUGUGGAUUUUUUUAGUUGUCGCCGUGUUAGCGGUCAUCGCUUCGAUUGCAACCAAGUUAGCGAUUCGACGGCAUCUCACUACAGAAGACUAUAUCAUUUUAGCCUCUGUCUUACUUGCGACCGGCCAAUCCAUCGCCGUUGGGAUACAGAACACUAAUGGUUGGGGGAAAUAUGUUGACUCCUUAAGCAAGUCUCAGUUGGAAACGGUCUUGAAAGCCGACUAUGCAGCAACAAUCUUGUUCAUUCUGGCCAUUUGCUUAACCAAAAUUUCGCUGCUUGUUCUGAAUUACCAAUUUGCCCUUCUGAAGCAAUACAAAUACACUAUAUAUUGCCUUGGGGGUAUUGUAAUUCUCUGGACCGCGUCGUCAAUUCUCGUUGUUAGCUUUCAAUGCGAUCUACCCAGGCCAUGGGACUAUAUCAACAAUGUCUGCUUGGCAAGAAAAAAUUUCUGGAAUUUUUAUGGGGUUCUGAACAUGGUCUCGGACAUAAUUCAAUUGGGACUCAUGCUAAUGAUUAUUACCCAAAUCCAAACAUCAACCCGCCGCAAGAUUACCAUUGCGUCCGUGUUUGCGUGCCGUCUCUUUGUGGUAGUCGCGGUUGCUUUGCAAUUAUACUUCCUUAACCAAGUCCAAAACACCAAGAAUGCCACAUUCGAUUAUUGGCGCAUGUCUAUCUGCACUCAGAUCGUGCAGGCGCUCGCUGUUGUGACAGCCUGCAUCCCCUUCCUGAAGCCGUUCCUGGACAGCCUUGAGUCCGGUUUGCUCCGCGCGGACGAUCAGUACCGCCGAUCGACCAAAGGGUCGUACCGCUACAACCUGUCCGGCUCCAAAGCAUCCGGGAAGAAGGCGACGCGCAAGGAUCCGGACGACUUCAACGAGCUUGGAGUCUUGAGCUCAAAGCGAGGGCGAGCACGUCACGGUCAUGGGACGCAGGUGGAGAGUGGGGUGGUGGACUGGGAUGAGUGCAACAGCCAGUCGAGCCAGUCGCGGAUCAUCAAAGAGACGCGGACAUUCACCGUGGAUGUGGAGGUCCGCAGUACGCAUCAACAGCACCCAGGACAGUAG